AUUUAAUAUUAUUAUUGUGUUUCUUAAAUAAAUAAAUAAAAAAUACUAUUUCUAUGUAUAUAAGAUCUUCUUCCAUUUGGUUUCCAGAUUUCGAGAUUUCUAUCUCUCUCCACCUUAAGAAGCCAUGGGAGCACGAUCUUCAGAAAACCAAGAUGAACAGAAAGAGGUCGUUAGAAGUUCUUACUUUGAUUUACCGCCACUCGAUGUUUCUGUUGCAUUCCCACAAGCAACUCCAAUGACAACGUUCCCUCCUUGCACCUCUGAUUUUUACUUGUUUGAUGAUCUUUUGAGCUCCGAGGAGCAGUCUGCACGGUUAAGAGUUAGGGAGUGUAUGGAAAAGGAGAUAGCCCCAAUAAUCGUUCCGUUUUGGGAGAAGGCUGAAUUUCCAUUUCAUAUAGUACCCAAGCUUGGUGCUAUGGGCAUUGCAGGUGCCACAAUUAAGGGCUAUGGAUGUCCUGGUUUAUCUGUUACUGCUGCUGCCAUCACUAUAGCAGAAGUUGCCCGUGUUGAUGCUAGCUGCUCCACCUUUAUACUCGUGCAUUCUUCUUUAGCAAUGUCCACAAUUGCACUUUUGGGUUCUGAAGAUCAGAAGAAGAAAUAUUUACCUUCCUUAGCUCAAUUGAAAACUAUAGCUUGUUGGGGUCUUACUGAACCUGAUUAUGGAAGUGAUGCGAGUUCCUUGAAAACAACAGCAACAAAGGUUUCCGGUGGUUGGAUCCUGGAAGGACAAAAACGCUGGAUAGGGAACAGCACGUUUGCAGACCUGCUGGUUAUUUUUGCUAGGAAUACAAUCUCGGAUCAGAUGAAUGCAUUUUUGGUAAAAAAAGAUGCCCCUGGAUUACAAGUUACUAAGAUUGCAAACAAGAUUGGGCUUAGGAUUGUUCAAAAUGGAGAUAUACGAUUAAAUAAAGUCUUUGUGCCAGAUGAGGACCGAUUACCAGGUGCCAAUUCAUUCCAGGAUACAAAUAAGAUUCUUGCUGUCUCACGUCUCAUGGUUGCCUGGCAACCCAUUGGCAUGACGAUGGGGGCCUAUGAUAUGUGUCACAGGUACUUGAACGAGAGAAAGCAGUUUGGAGUACCAUUAGCGAGUUUCCAGAUCAGCCAACAAAAGUUAGUUAAGAUGUUGGGUAAUAUUCAGGCAAUGCAACUACUAGGUUGGAGACUCUGCAAGUUAUACGAUAAAGGUCAAAUGACACCUGGUCGGGUUAGCUUGGGAAAGGCAUGGAUUUCCCAAAAGGCGAGGGAAACGCUCUCACUUGGACGUGAAUUACUUGGUGGCAAUGGAAUCUUGUCAGACUUCUUGGUCGCUAAGGCAUUCUGUGAUCUAGAGCCAAUUUACACGUAUGAAGGCACUUUUGAUAUAAACUCGUUAGUUGCGGGCAGGGAGGUGACAGGAAUCGCUAGUUUCAAGCCAGCUGCUGCUUCCACUCGACAGAGUCGUAUCUAAUUUGAAACUCGAUAUUAUUGUUAUAUAUAUACAAAUAUGUACGUGUCAAAUAAAGAAUCAAGGGAUGUUUAGUUUCACACUUGACUAAGAACGGUUGAAAUAAAUUAUUGUUGCCUUCUUAUGG